AUGACCGAGGUGCGCCACUCUCCAACAACAUCAACAUCCCAUUUUUCUUCAUCAUCAUCACCAACCACUCCUUCUUCCUCCGAUGGCAUUCUCAUUCUCAGCACCGACCAAGAACCACCCUCUUCUUCUCCUUCUUCUUCUUCUUUAGCGGUGGUGGAUGGUUUUUCUACGGCCACUGACUGUGACACAGUGGAUAUCACGGACAGGGAAAGGACACAGCAAGAGCUAUCCCUCUUGGCCAUUCUUGUGACCCUUUUCAGGAAAUCAUUGAUUGCUUGCAACAGUGACAUGAGGGAGCUUUGCACCAUGGAGAUCGGUUGGCCCACUAACGUGCGCCAUGUUGCGCAUGUAACCUUUGAUAGGUUCAAUGGUUUCUUGGGUUUGCCCGUUGAGUUUGAACCUGAAGUCCCCAGAAGGCCUCCAAGUGCUAGUGCAACUGUUUUUGGAGUUUCAACAGAAUCCAUGCAGUUAUCGUAUGACAAAAGAGGGAAUAGUGUGCCAACAAUUCUGUUACUAAUGCAAAGGCACUUAUAUGCUCAAGGAGGGUUGCAGGCAGAGGGGAUUUUCAGAAUUAAUGCAGACAAUAGACAAGAGGAAUAUGUUAGGGAUGCAUUAAAUAGGGGACUGGUUCCGGAAGGCAUUGAUGUACAUUCUUUGGCAGGACUAAUUAAGGCUUGGUUUAGGGAACUGCCUACAGGUAUUCUGGAUUCUUUAUCGCCAGAGCAGGUAAUGCGAUGCCAGACUGAAGAGGAUUGUGCUGAACUGGCAAGGCAGCUACCUCACACUGAAGCUUCCCUCUUGAACUGGGCUAUCAAUCUGAUGGCUGAUGUUGUCCAACAGGAACAUGUCAAUAAGAUGAAUGCACGCAACAUUGCCAUGGUUUUUGCACCAAACAUGACUCAGAUGGCAGACCCUUUGACUGCAUUGAUGUAUGCAGUUCAAGUGAUGAACUUCUUGAAGAUACUUAUAUUAAGGACAUUGCGGGAAAGAAAGGAUUCCGUGGUAGAAUCGUCUCCUGGAUUUUAUUUAGAGCCUUCUGGUGAGAAUGGUGACCAUAUCCUUUUGAAGUCCUGCCAGCAACAUGCUGCUUCAGAAAAUGAAGAGGCUGGUGAAUCCUUUGUUUCUGAGAAAACUGUAUUAGAAUGUUGCCUUGAAUCCUUACAAAACAAAAAUUCAACUGAAGGAGAAUCUGGCAGUGUGAUAAGCUCUUCUGAGAAUGUGGUUUGUGAUGAGGAUUUGUAUUGUGAGUUUCCACCCAAAGGAAACAUGGGGAAGUGUAAGACUGGCCAAUCAAGCAAUUCAAGUAUUAAAAAGUGGCCCAAAAAAACUAGAGGCCAGCUACCUGUAAUCCAUGGAACAGUGGCUGUUGAGAAAAAGGUUAUUAGCAAUCUGAGCCGCAUAGAUUCAAGAUCAGAGAGGAUAGAAGCCUGGCGGUGA